AUGCAAAAGCUUGAGAUAUUAAUUCAGAAACCACUCCAAUGGGAAAAUCCAAACUCAACAGCCAUAUUUCUUCGGGCUCAAGACGCUUCCAGGUUUAUUCGAUAUUUCAGGACAGCAAUCGAAAGCAUAUAUUAUUCACCUGCUAUUUUCACUCCAAGAAAAAGCCUCACAAGAAGUUGUUUUUAUAAGGAGAGACCAGACUGGCUUUUAAAUGAUCCACUGGUAGAAAAAAGUUGGAGUCUAUGUAUACACACUCUGGAGGGGCAUAUUUGUGUGGUCUGUUCAGUUGUCUGGUCACCAAAUGGAAGCCGACUCGCAUCCGGAUCCUCUGAUAAAACAGUCAGAAUCUGGGAUUUGGCUACUGGCCAGACCGUUUUCACUAUCGAGGGACAUACUGAUGACGUUUGCUCGGUUGCCUGGUCGGCAGAUGGAAGCCGACUCGCAUCAGGUUCCUAUGAUCACACAGUCAAAAUCUGGGAUCUAUCCACUUACCAAAGUGUGUUAAUACUCCAGACCGACCUCGUCAGCUAUCUUCAAUUCGACAAAUUCAAUAUCAAUUGUCUGCACACAAGUCUUGGGUCAUUCGACAUAGGUUCACUGGGCUCUGUCACAUCUAACCCUCAUGGCUCGAUCUCAUCGCCCGAGCAAUAUGGAUACGGCUUGAGUUCUGACUCUUCCUGGAUCACUUUUAACGGAGUGAACCUCUUAUGGUUGCCUGCUGAGUACAGACCCGGGUAUUUCCAUAAAUUUGCUAUAUCAGCAACGAAUUUGGCGAUCGGCUGUUCAUCAGGCCACGUCAUAAUUCUCGCGCUCACAGAAGAAGUCCCAUCAUUAGCCCUUGAUUAG